AUGGCGGCAGGCCCGCUCAUGCCCUCUUGCUUGUCUGCAGCCCAGACCCCAUGUAAAGCUGCAGAAUCGUCCUUGCUUAACCUUCCAUUGCCGAACCCAUUUCUUCCCCCCAGACUGCAAACCAAUUCAUCAGCAUGUCUACCCCCUUCCCGUUCCGACAACCCACCACCAUCAUUCGACGACGAUUUUAACAAACAAGUCUCGAGAACCACCAACUCAUUCCUUACCAUCAUCGUCGUUGUUUCGGUGCUGAGCAUCCUGGGAUCCGUCGCCAUAGCCUACUUCCUGUACAAGUGCGUCAAAAAGAACGUCCUCCCCGCCAUCAACAUCAACACCACCAGCCCCGCGCCGGCGGGGAGCACGACGCUGUACGCCGUGGUGCCGGACUCCCAGAUACGGGACGCCACCGUCGAGCGGUUCCUCAAGGAGAUCGCCGUCGAGAAGCCCAUCCGAUUCACCCCGCAGCAUCUCUCGGGCUUCACCAACAAGUACUCCGCCCGGCUCGGCGCCGGCGGCUUCGGCGCCAUCUACAAGGGCAUGCUGCCCAACGGCCUAAUGGUUGCCGUGAAGCACCUCCACCCCGGCCAGGACGACAGGACCUCGCAGGAGCAGUUCAUGGCGGAGGUGGGCACCAUCGGGAGGACGCACCACAUCAACCUGGUCAGGCUGUUCGGCUUCUGCUACGAAGCCGACGUGCGCGCGCUGGCCGGCGCCACCGAGAAGUGCGACGUCUACAGCUUCGGCAUCCUCCUGUUCGAGAUCCUCGGCAGGAGGAGGAACUUCGACGAGGCCGCGCCGGAGAGCCAGCAGUGGUUCCCGAAGCUGGCGUGGACGAAGUACGAGAGCGGCGAGCUAAUGGAAGUCGUUGCGAGUUCUAACGACGCGUGCGAGGAAGACAAGAGGGCAGCGCAUAGGAUGUGCGAGGUGGCGUUCUGGUGUGUGCAGCAGCAGCCGAAGGCGAGGCCGCCGAUGAGCGUGGUGGUGAAGAUGCUCGAGGGCGAGAUGGACAUUGCUCCGCCCGCGAACCCGUUCCAGCAUCUCAUGGCAACGCCGGCGGCGGCAAACCUGUGGGCCACGGGGACGAGCACCGUGAACUCGGUGUCGAGUUCGGCAAAUGGUGUUCCUCGUGGCAGCGACGAGAUCGUUUAAGCUGUGGGAUGCUCUACAGCUGACUCGACCGUAAGCCCAAGGAAACCUUUUCCUUGGAACAAUAGACGUAAAG